AUCUGGAGAACCAGCUACCUCAAUAAUAAAUAUUGACGUACACCUAAACGCACCCAUCAGGCUACGGUCAACUGGUGGGCCAGGUAUUUCGACAUGCUCCUCAACGCCAAGACAGCCAUUUCCACGUCCACGGUGCUUUUGGUUCCAUACUCCAAAUGGCACGUUCCAAGAUACCACGAAUGGAUGAAAGAUGAGGAAAUCCAAGAAGCAACCGCAUCCGAACCCCUCUCUAUAGAGGAAGAAUACGCCAUGCAACAAAGCUGGCGCCAAGACCCAGACAAGUUGACAUUCAUUGUCUGUCUCCCAUCACCAUCAUUCCAAGGAGAAACCUCAACACCCACCACCAUUAAAGACACAGACGAUGCCCCAGACCGAAUGGUCGGAGACAUCAACCUUUUCCUCCGUGUCGACGACGGCGAAGAAGGCGACGCGGAGCCCCAGAUCAUCGGGGAAAUCGAACUAAUGAUAGCCGAGAAGAAUAGCCAGCGCAAGGGCUUUGGGAAAGCCGCGCUUAACACCUUCCUACGGUAUAUCGUGGACCAUGAAGCGGAGAUCUUGAAAGAGUUUGUCAGCAGGGAUGAGACUGCCGCGACGGCAAUGAAGAAAGUUGAAGCAGUGCCUAAAUUUGCUUGUCUCAGUGUGAAGAUUGGUCAGGCUAAUGAGCGGAGUUUGGCGCUGUUUGAGGGUGCUAUGUUCAAGAAGGUUACCGAGGAGCCGAAUUAUUUUGGGGAGUUUGAGUUGAGGAGGGAGAGGGAGGCGCUGGGUCGGGAUAUGGUUGAUGUGAGCUUGGAGAGGGCUGGGGUGUCGGGGUAUGUUGAGGUGGGUUAUGAGAGAGUUGAGUGA